GGACGAAUCUGGGGUCCUUUUGGUAGAAUGGAGGACACCGCGUGCUCGAGAUAAACAGUUCCUCGAAUUAAUCCUACGUAUCUUUUAUCACGUUUAUAAGCAAGAGCCACUCGGAAGUUCACGAUGGAGACGGUUAGUAACCCAGCCUCUGAGGAGAUCAGUAUUGUGGAGAAUGGAGAAAACACGGACACUUUCCAAAAGGUAAAAUCGAAGAAAACGUCCAAACGUAAACGUGAUCAGGGUGAAGCCGAAAUGAAGUCUGAAGACGCAGUGGCACCGAAGAGACCACAGUUUCCCCCGAUAUCAGGAGACAGACUGAAGGGUGGUGCUGAUGAAAUGAGGAAAAUCCCCGUGCCGUCUCACCGAUAUACACCUCUGAAAGAAAACUGGCUCAAAAUCUUCACCCCCAUCGUUGAAAACCUGCAACUUCAAGUCCGAUUUAAUCUCAAAACAAGAAAUGUGGAGAUUAAGACGUGUAAAGAAACACAGGAUAUCGGCGCUCUUACGAAAGCAGCAGAUUUUGUAAAGGCCUUCGUUUUAGGAUUUCAGGUUGAGGAUGCACUUGCACUCAUCAGACUGGAUGAAUUGUUUCUGGAAACCUUUGAGGUCACAGAUGUUAAGCCUCUCAAAGGAGAUCACUUAUCGAGAGCUGUUGGGAGAAUAGCAGGCAAAGGAGGCAAAACAAAAUUCACCAUUGAAAAUGUCACAAAGACCAGGAUCGUCCUUGCGGACACCAAGGUUCACAUUUUGGGGUCUUUCCAGAAUAUAAAGAUGGCACGAACAGCUAUAUGUAACCUUAUUUUAGGAAGUCCACCAUCAAAGGUGUAUGGGAACAUUCGGGCAGUCGCCAGCCGUGCAGCAGAGAGAUUCUAACACCGGGCACAACUCUCUGAUCCUCCCCCUGCUGUACAGCUCAUGGACUGAAGCAGAAAAAUGUCCAGCAAAUAUCUUCACGCUACAGGUGACUGGAGUCAUUAGUUGUCAGAGGACUUUUCUUUCACUGACUGAUCAUAAACAUCACUGAAACACUCAAAAAUAAACUGUACAUCACUGGCAA